AUGCUCUUCUCUCUGCUCGUCGGCGCCGUGGCCCUCUGCGGCGCCGCCGUGGCCGCGCCGCCUCCCGCCGCGGUCAUGACGCCGGCGGCCGUGCUCGACCGUCGCGACCCGGCCGGCGAGCUCGAUCCGUGGGUCAGCGUCAACGAGGACCCGUCGGCGACGACGCUCACGCCGCAGUGGACGACCGACGGCGAGGGCAAGUCGACGCUCAAGGACGCGGCGCCGUCGAGCCUCACCGGCUCCGUCUUCUCCUUCACCACGCUCGGCGAGCCCACCACCACCACCGGCGACCCGCCCAACCCGACGGCGACCAACAACAAGGGCACCGGCGCCUUUACCCUGUGCUCGAAAAAGGACAGCAGCCUCGAUCCGUUUUGCCGUCCGCGCGUAAACUCGACCCUGGAGCCCGGCAACGUCUACUACCUCACUUGGGACCCCGAACACUACGCCAGCAAGCUCAACGAGUCGUACUCGCUCACCGUGCAGGUCAAGCAGCAGAACCGCACCACCAAGGAAUGGGUGUUCCUCACCGACUUUGACCAGACACACGUGCCCGCCAAGCAGGGCUACUUCCCCUUUGCCGUCGGCGACAAGCUGCUCGACGGGCACGACAGCAACAACAUCACGGUGACGCUCCAGCGGCGGCUCAACAGCACCAUUGGCGACCCGGACGACGUCACGGCCGCGUACCCGCUCACCGUCACCCGGUUCAAGUUCCCGGCCACGGCGCCCAACAACGGCGCCGUCGGCCACUCCCUCACCAUUGCCCUGCCCGUCGUCUUCGGCACCAUCCUGCUGCUCGUCGUCGGCCUCGCGCUGUGGAACCGCAAGACGCGCCGCAUCCACCUCGGCGCCAUCCUGCCCCGCAAGAGCGCCCGCGGCUACUCGGGCCGCUCGGCGCGUCGUCGCCGCAUGUUUGGCGCCGCCGCCCCCGGCGCCACCGACGCCGAUCAUGAUAUCCAGCUCGGCAACGGCUUUCCCGACGACGGCCCCGUGUACCGCGACGCGCCGCCGCCGCAGGCUGGCUACCGCCACCGCGCGGACAGAGAUAGCCUCGACAGCCUGGACGCCUCGCCGGUGCGUGACAGCUUCCAGCAGCAGGGCAUCACGGGCGGCCGCAACGUGUUCCGCGACGAGAUGGAUCGUCAGCAGCAUGAGCGCAGCGGGUUUUGA